CUGCCUUCCCACGUUUCUAUGUACUCCAUUUCGUCUGAGGGGAUAACUGCUAUCGAAAUUCUGCCUUGGCUUUUUCCGGAGAGCAGCAAUUAUCCUAACCAAGAUUUUUCGCUUCUAAUAUUCGCUUGGAUUGCAUUAUCGUGCUCCAGGGGUUCAGAAAUUAAUGCCUUCCCCCUCUGUCCCACCAUAACUCUGAGAGGUAACUUGCCCCUCAUCUCACUUGGCGAUAGUAUCAUUUGCGGUAUCGGCCCUGGGGCUUCAAAGCUGAACAAACGAUCAGAUGAUGUUGGACUUCGUGGAGUUUGGUCGCAUCUCUGGUUGGCAGUCAUUGACCGGGCAUAUGAUCCAAUAGUGGGCGUGGAAGGGCGCCAAUGCCUUGGCCCAUUUGAUCUCCCAGCCGCCCCCGCUGUUGAAGACCUAGUUAUCUAA